AUGGCGGACCCGGAGAAACGCGAGAAGAGGAAUGCAAAGAAGAGGGAAUACCAAGCCCGAGACGCUGAGACGAAGGAUGAGAUCAACAAGAAGAGGCGUCAAAAGUACGCUGAGAAGAAGGAUGAGCAAAAGGACGCCAAGACGAAGGUUAAGAACUCUAAAGAGCCCGCUAAGAAGUUGAAGGAGAGGCAGGUCGAGCUUGUCGCUGUGGAGAUCGACCAGAUCGGAAACGCACAAAAGGGACUCAGACUCACACCAAGACAAGCAGGAGCAGCCAUGGCGUCCAACAUGCACACUGAGGCCAAGCGCAGCAAGAAGGAUGAGAUCAACAAGAAGAGGCGUCAAAAGCACGCUGAGAAGAAGGAUGAGCACAAUGCGAAAAGGCGCGAGAAGAGGGCUACCAACACGGAUGAGGAUAGGGAUAAACAGAAGGAGUACAGGGCAAGGUGGAAAGCCGAGAACCCUAAAAAGCACGCCGAAGCACUCGGAGAGGCGGCAAGAGGCUCAACAAAAACGGGCUGA